AUGUUGCCUUUUGUUCAUUUGAACAUGAAAUUCUUUACCCUAUCUACCAUCAUCUUGGCAAGUUUGAGUGCAUUGAGCACUGAUGCAGCCAUUUCAAGGGUCGCUAUCAAAAAGACGCAGGAGACUGCCGGUCAACGGCUACAGCGUUUCUCGCAUACAGCCGAGUACUUGUCCCAAAAAUACGUGCCACAUCAUUGCAUGCAACAAGCCGAGCAUGGUAUUCCUCUUUCCAACUACAUGAAUGCCCAGUACUAUGGCGAGAUCCAACUUGGCACGCCUGGUCAAACAUUUACGGUGGUAUUCGAUACAGGGUCAUCCAACCUAUGGGUACCCUCGACCCAUUGUAACUCAAUCGCAUGCUUUUUGCACACACGCUAUGAUUCGACUGCCAGUGAUACCUUCCGUGAGAAUGGUACCGAGUUUGCUAUCCAAUACGGCACUGGCUCCUUGGAAGGUUUUAUUAGUGAAGAAACAUUGACCAUGGGUGGUAUCCAAGUACCACAUCAAGGAUUUGCCGAAUCCACCAAAGAGCCCGGAUUUACAUUUGCCCUUGCGCAAUUUGAUGGCAUCCUUGGCAUGGGCUUUGACACCAUUGCCGUCAAGGGGGUGGUGCCUCCUUUCCAAAACAUGGUUGCACAAGACCUCGUGGAUGAAGCUGUCUUUUCAUUUUGGCUUGGCAAUAGCGAUAAUGAUGAUGGUAAUGGUGGUGGUGGUGGUGGUGAACUAGUGCUUGGUGGUAUCGAUCAUUCCCACUACAAGGGCGAGCUUACAUGGGCACCUGUACGUCGUAAGGGGUACUGGGAAAUCGAAUUGCAAGAUAUCAAAUUUGGAGGCAAGAAUGUGGGCCUCGAUCCAGUGGGUGCAGCCAUUGAUACGGGUUCAUCUUUGUUGGUGGUUCCGACAACUGUCGCAGAGUUGAUCAACAGCGAAUUGGAUGCACAAAAGAAUUGGGCUGGACAAUACGUCGUUGAUUGUGACAAGAUCCCUGAUUUCCCAGAGUUUUGUUUUACCUUUGUCAACAAGGACUUUUGCCUCUCAGCUGAUGAAUACGUGUUACAAAUGCAAGGCCAAUGCAUCUCAGGGUUUAUGGGAAUGGAUAUUCCUGAACCUGCAGGUCCACUUUGGAUUCUGGGUGAUGUCUUCCUACGCAAGUAUUAUAGUGUAUAUGACUUGGGGAAUAGCCGAGUGGGUCUUGCUUUAGCCGCUUGA